AUGACGCUCCGAGCUGGUGCGUCUAAUAUUUCUGUCCGAGCAUGGCGCCGCUACUUCACUCUAUCGUCUAUUGAUUCAGUCAUUGAAUUAAUGCGAGAAGUGUUUAUUAGUUGUGGAGUAGUCUUUUCCGAUGAACAGACUGGCAUGAAAUAUUUGAAAAAUACUACUAUCAAUAACUCUGAGAUAUCUGAUAUUGGGAUUGAUCCCUCUGUUAAAGAACCUAACUUGGCUUUUAUAUCGAUUGUAUUAGGUUACAUAGAAAAUCAUCUUACUUCUAGCACAUCAGAAGACUUUGAUUCCAUAAAGCUAAAAAAUCCUCAUCAUCGCAAACUUGUAUCCAGAAGAAAAGAAACCUUACCUCAUAAUUCUCCUCGUUCACGUUCAUCUUCUUUUACAAAAUCACAAUCACCUUUAUAUGUUCAUCUUGAAACAUCAGAAGAACAACAAUCUGAAGGCCGUAGUGAUCAUUUGGAAUUAAACAACAAGUUAAAUCCAUUUCCUAGAUCAUUAUCAUCAAAUGUAUUUGGACAAGAAACUACUAACCAAUCUCCUGUAUGUCGUCGUCGUACUAGACGAUUUGGUUCAAGUCGUCGUGUUCGUCAACGAAACGAAUCAGAAUUAUCUAUUUCUACACCAAUUACAAUUGAAUCUCCACUCAGUACUACUACUACUACUGCUAAAAAUGAACCAUUACAAAUAUUAACAGAUAUACCAGUUCGAAAAAGACGUCGAUUUUCCGAUAGUACUAUACCAAAUUCAGCUUUUCCAUGUUUAACAUUUGAUGAACUUGAACGUUUGUAUUUAGAUUUCUACAAUCUCAUUGCUAAUUCACCUAAAUUGAAACCUUUUCUCAUAACAGAUACACUGAAUGGUACCAAUGGAACAGAAUCGAAAUAUCAAAAAUCCCAUACUACUACUACGUCAACCAGUAGAACAACAUCAACAAAAAAAUAUGCAUGUCGUACACUUAUUUGUGUUAUAUGUGAAGUUUUAUGGAGUCAAAUGACAGCGAGUCGUUUUAAAGAACGUUUAACGCAUACACAAAGUGUAUAUUCUUUUUUAACAACGGGCAUUCUGGAUAGUUUUGGAUUAGCGUAUACAGUUGUAGCGGCCUGUCAACUCCUCGGUUAUUCUGAUGUAGACCUAGCAUUAUCUGAAGAUCAUGGUUGGGUGGAAUUUGGUCCUCCAGAAUCCCGUCAAACAGCUGAUGUAGCUAGUUGGGUACAAGAGCCGCAUACCUCAACUAGUUCACAUAAUUCAGAAUUGUCAAGUUCCCAUGAUGACUUAGUUCAACCAACGGAACACUCUAGGAUUAGAAAAACAUCAUCAUCUACGGAAGAUGAGCAUAAUCCACCUUCGAUUCGUAUACCACCAUUGGAGCAUUCUUGGCUUUAUGUAAGUGGAUAUCCAGUAGUUUGUCGUCCACGUAUAAUGGCUGUAGCUGCUGCAAUUGCUGCAAUACAACCAGGAGCUUCAUUAUCUGCUGUCACUCAAGCUCCAACUUCGGAACCUUUUGCUUAUGGUACACUUUCACCGAAUCCUUCAGUAUCCUCUAGUGGUGGUGGUGGUGGUGACCUUAUUACACCUACUGGCCUAGUUAAGCAUUUAUCAUCAGCAUCAGUGAUCUCAAUGCAACUAGUCACAUUAAAGCAUCAAUUAUUAUGGUUAUGCUUUGAUGCUGGUUGUCUUGCACGUUAUCCUUUAGGUUUAACUAAUUUAGGCGAUUUAGAAGAUGCAUUUCCUACAAUGGGACGUUUGGCCACAUUUUUAAAUUCAUUACAUUCUACACCGAAAUUAAAUCGACAACUUUCCAAUGAAUUCAAUACUUUGCUGAUAAAUCAUCAUCAUCAUCAUCAUUCCAAUCAUUCCAAUCAUUCAUUGUUUGGAUCACCUUCUUCUACUCCUACUAACACUAAUACUACUAGUAGUACUACGACUACGACUACUACUACUAAUGCUGCUUCCAAUCUCAAUUCACAUAUUAUACAACAAUCGGAUUGGCCAUAUUCACAAUUGCCUGAAACAGUCUCGCUAGCUUUAGCUCUUUAUAAUCGUGCUAUUCUAGUCAAUCAAUAUUAUUAUUCAAAUUAUCAUGUUUAUCCGUACACAUGCUUAGCUGGAUGCUUAUAUAGGCAUGGUGAUAAUCGAGGUGCAUUACGUCAUUGGGCAGAAGCUUCUAAAGUUAUUGGACAUUAUAAUCAUACGUCGGAAGAUUGGGAAAUUUAUCGUGAACUAUUGGAAAUUGCCACUCAUUUAAUGCCACAAAUGUUUCGAUCAGCUAGUGAAAAUUCACAUUUUUGUUCUGAAGGCUUAGUUGAUACUGAUCCUGAUGGAUGCCUGUAUCAACCAGAUAAUAUUUUAGAUGAUCCACAUUGCCUGUCGUAUUUAUUAUCAUUUUAUGAUCAUUUAUGUUUAUGGGAAGAAGGUUCACCGGUACCAGUAUUACAUGUUGGUUGGGUUGAUAAAUUAAUGGUGAAUUUAUCACGUUUCACACAACGUGCACGACGUCAUCUUAGUUUAUCUGUAGCAUGUGAUAAAGAUGAAAAUAAUAAAAAUGAUUUUGUACAUUCACCGGCAUUAACACAUUCCACAUGUAGAUCAAGUCGUUGGACUACAGAAUCCAUUGAUACAACUAUAACAACAACUACAACAAGUGAAACAGGAUUCAUGAAUAUGCACAGUGCAAAACGUACUCGUCGACAUCAUCGUUCCGGUCAAUUGGAUACUACUACUACUACUACUACAUCAUUGAAUAUAUCUACACCGAUUGUCAAUAAAACAACGAACAAUGAUCUUCUUCUCAAGAUCAAUAAUGAUGAAGAUAAUGAUGAUGUAAAUAUUAAACUUGAACAAAUCAAUGAUAUUGAUAUUGAACAGAAUCAUAUUCAAUCACCAUCUUCUACAAUCACUACUAAUCAUGAGAUAACAUGUGAUGAAUUGGCGUCAACCACCAUUACAAAAGUAUCAAAUGAGAAAAAUGAUAUGUUGCAAACUGAUUUAUUAGUCGAAUCAAAUCAAGAUUGUAAACCGUCGUAUCCAAUAAAAUCUUGUCAAACUUCAAUCACAGUGGAAAUAAUACCUGAAGAAUUAUCAUCCAAUACAAGAAUAUCAAUGGAAGAAUCUUAUUCACCGAAUCAUACAAAAUCUACUCCGCCUCCUCCUCCUCCUGCUCCUCCAACUCCAUCAACAUUAUCUACGCAUACCAAUACACUAUUUGAUGAUAUUCUUCAAUCGGAUUCAAUGGAUCCAACAGUAUUAUUGGAUACAGAAGAACAAGAUGGUUCACCAUCACCUCUGAUGGAUUUCCCUAAUCAUGAUGAUUUACUUGCAAGUCUAGUCGAGGCAUGUGAUCAUCGUCUAUUGAAUCCAGCAUUUCUAUGGGGUAUGGAACCACAUUCACCAUUUCUACCAGCAAAUAUUGCUCCAGAAGAAGCAUUGAAUCGGUUAAUGAUAGUAUUAGAAGAGAAUAAAUCUACCAGUACUACUACUAAUACUACUACUAAUGCCACUGUACUACAACAGCACAAUUCAAAUGAUGACACAUGUACUGAAACUAUGAUUCAUCAUCAUCCUCAUCAUCAGCAGCAGCAACAGCAUAUAUUUCCAACACCUCCAAAUUCAGGCAGUUUCACUGGAUCACUCGAAAAUAUUGUACAUGAAGAAUCAACUCCUCCUCCUCCUCCUCCUCCUCCUACUACUACUACUGUAUUAUCAUCUCAUACAACUGUGUGUUGUAGAUCACCACCUUCUCAAGCUGCUGAUGCUGCUGCCGUAACAACAACGCAUGAAAUAGACAAGGUAACACAACCGCCGCCGCCAACAGCAACAACAAUCAUGACAACAGAAUCAGAUAGUCAACAACAACACUCAAAAAUCAAUGUUCUACUGUCAACAACAGAAGAGCAUACAUUAUUUUCGAAUCAUUUCGACAUGGUCGAUGAUGUUUGUAACAAUAGUCAUGAUAAUAAUAAUGCUGUUGUUUCUUCGGAUGAUUUCGAUUUGUUAGCUAAUAUUCCUAAUGAAUUAAUGGAUUCUGUUGCCAGUCUUGUGGUGGGCACUGAUCAUCAUCAUCAUCAGCAGCAGCCACAGCAACACCAGCAACAACAACAACAAAUUGAUCAUCAAAUCAAUUCACCUACUACUACUUCAACAGAUUUUUUCAAUUUAUUCUUAGAAUCAGAAAAUAGUUUUGAUAAAACAUUAUGUAAUCAUCAUCCUGAUCAUCAUCGUGGUGAUGAUGACGAUGAUGAUGAUGACAGUAGUAGUAAUAAUAAUAACGAUGAUGAUAUAAUUACUCAAUUAUCUACAAAUUAUCGUCCAAUGAAAACAAUGCAAGAAUUAACUGUACAUUUAUCAUUGUAUUCAGUGAAAAUGGCUUCAAUUAUUGAAUUGUUACGUGCACCACGAUUGAAUUCUUCAGCAAUUAAACUAGCUUUAACAGCACAAAGUCAAGUAUGUGUACGUCGAUCGACAAGUAGUAGUGUACAUUCGAAUUAUUUUUAAUUGAACCUUGAACGGACAGUUGGACGGAUGUAUGUUAUGUUAUGUUUUAUGUAUAGUUUGAAUCAUUGAACAUCAUUGUGUAUGAUAUUGUUUAUGUAGUAUGUACAGUGUUCGUUUAUUCAUCUUUGUUUUCUCUCUCCUUGUAAUUUAUUUCUGUUUCAAAUUGUACACACACACACAGCCUUGUUGGUUGUGUGUGUGUGUGUGUUUUUUUUUCUCAAACUCCUUAAUGUGUGUCAUCAAGAAACUAGAUUGUUUGUAAUACCUCUUUGUUAAUUUGAUCAAGUUAGACAUGAACACUGUUAGAUACCGGCUCAGUGGU